UACAUAGUGAAAAAACUAAACCCCUUGUUAGCUGGGUAGUAGGUUAUAACAUGGUAGGACAGUGGCCCCCUAAAUUGUGAAUUGGAUAGACAAGUUUUAGGAUAUAAUUUUGAAUUGAGUCCUUAAACAUAUUAUUUUUGACUCAUACCAUUUAUAACCUGUUAUGUGUGUUUAUGCUUUCCUCACACUUCGCACCUCCCUGUGAAAUUAUCUCUCACUGGGGCGCGGUCCCAUGGGUGUGGCUCUUUAUAGGUAAGAGAACACAUGUUACCCUACCAGGCGGAGACCAGACAGUGUAGUAACGCAGAACGUACAUUUCUACGACUGCAGAACGUGUGGGUGAAUUUUUUUAUACCAUAGUGUCCAACAAAUUGUUACCUACCGACCAAUUGGUAAGAUGACGCUGGAGCCGUUGCGUUCGGCAAGGUCCAUCGGUAAUGUAGAGGACACGUCGCUUGCACUGCCUUCGGAUAGUAAGCUUCGGUCUGGGCAACAACGGGUUCUGGAUCAAGUUCAUACCAUUAAGAGGAGCAAGUCGAAACAAGGGAAGAACGGAUCCCUCUCACCAGCAAGUCCUCAGAGUUUGUCUAUGUUUGCAGAGUUUGGUUCCUUCAAGUUCUCUCCUUCAAAAGCCAAUGGCACUUUCAGCAGGAGCAACUCUUCGGGAAAAGGAGCCAGCAACAAAGCGGUGAACGUCCAGAAGAGCCGUUCUCUGUCUGUGGGGCGAAAACAUUUCACCAGCUCCAGCCAAUGGGAGCAAGAAAUGCAUUCCAAAAUCUGGCCCCAGUCACCCAAUGGGCUCAAGCCGAGUCGCAGCGAUCCCGCCUUGGGCCUCGCACCUGUGCCUGCCCCUGUACCCCAGCAACGAGCAAAGGGUCUAAGAAUUGCAGAAUCGCAGAACCCCAACAUCUCCAUCACCAGUGGCAACAGCUUCAUGGUCAGCAGCCAAUCGCGCAUUUUCCAGCCACCCUCUGUCCAAUCGCAUCAUGAGACAAAGACCUCACUCACAGAAGUCACCAAGGCCACCAAGACUGAGCAGCAGUCAGAAGUGGACGCUACAGUCAGUAUGGCAGACAUGACUCUGAAGGAGGCUGUGGAGUUCCUGGCCAGCCCAGAAGAGAACUAUCAGCAGUGUGGAGCCUCCUUCAUCCAACACACCACCUUCAAGGAGGACCACUCCAAACAAGAGGUGCUCAAGCUUGGCGGAAUACCCCCCCUGGUUGCCCUCCUGAGCAGUUCCAACCCAGCUGUCAGCCAGAGCGCCUCUGCAGCCCUCAGGAACCUGGUGUUCAGGGACCAGGCGAACAAGCUGGAGGUACAGGCCUGUGGGGGCAUAGACGCCGCCUUGCAGCUGCUCAAGGAGCCCGACUCCACAGAGACCCAAAAACAACUCACUGGUCUGCUGUGGAACCUGUCCAGCGCAGACAAGCUGAAGGGCGAGCUGAUAGACCUCGCCUUGCCUGUUCUGACCAAGAGCGUGGUGGUCCCCUUCACCUGCUGGUCGGAGAGCAGCGUCAAUCACAACAUCCAUCCGGACGUCUUCUACAGUGCCACUGGCUGCCUACGCAACCUUAGCUGUGCUCAUCCGAGCACAGCUAAGGAAGAGAGACAGGCAAUGCGGGUGUGUCCUGGCCUCAUUAACUCUAUCAUGAGUUACGUCCAGUCUUGCAUUGCUGAAGACAACCCAGAUGACAAGUCAGUGGAGAACUGUGUGUGUAUCCUACAUAAUCUGACCUUCCAGCUAGAGAAGGAGGCCCCUCAGUGCUUCUCCAAGUUCAGCUCCUCAACAGAGCAGCCCUCAGGGGGACAAAAGAGUCCCACCAUUGGCUGCUUCAGCCCCAAGGGUAGCAAAAUCAACAGAGAGGAUAGUUUCAGUUACCCUGUACCUGCGGAGGAGAGCGAGCCUGAAGGCAUGUCCUGGCUGUGUCACUCCAAGGCCAUGCAGAUGUACCUAUCUCUGCUCGGCUCCGCCCAGAAGGAAGCUACACUGGAGGCUUGCUGCGGAGCCCUGCAGAACCUCACUGCCAACAAGGGGCUGGUGUCAAGUGUGAUGAGCCAGACCCUGGUUCAGAAGCUGGGUGCUCUAGGCUAUGUAUCCCCCCUGAUCCAGUCUCCCAAGCCCAGCCUGCAGAAGUCAGCCAUGUCUCUGGUGGGAAACCUCUCCCGCACUGCCAGCCUGCAAAGCACCAUGGCUAAACAGCUUCUCCCUGACCUGGUCACUCUCCUAUCCUCUGGCAGCAAGAAUAUGGGCAACAAUGAUGACCUAAUGGCCACCACCGCUCAUACUGCCCGCAGUCUGCUAUUAGCAGACCCUGAGAUCGGCAAGAAAGUUGUUACUACAGACCUGGUGACAUCACUCUGUGACCUCAGUGAGAACGGGUCUUUUCCCAAGGCUAGCAAAGCAGCCUCCCUUUUGUUAUACAGCCUCUGGAAUGAAAGGAGUAUGCAAGGGCUGCUGAAAAAGCUUGGAAUGAACAAGUCUGUGUUUGUCAAUGAAACAACUACUGCAGUCCACAAGUCAGUGCAGGUCGUAGACUGAGGAAGUGACUGAGCAGAUUAGUCCCUGCAAGCUGGGACACUGCUGUGGACACCUUUUCUGAGACAAGAUGAUACCGGAGAAGCUUUUACAGAAUAAUAACAGUGGUUCUUCAAUUAAUGUCACAGGAAAAUAUACUUAAAUAGGCUAUGUGUUCAGUAAAUAACUUACUUUACACAAAAGUAAGUACUUACUUUUUGUAUCAAACUGCUUUACACAGCUUAACAGUUUAAGGUAUUUGUAUUUGUUAGAAAAUUGACCUUAAGGCUGUGUUUGUGUAUUUACAUUUACAUUUAGUCAUUUAGCAGACGCUCUUAUCCAGAGCGACUUACAUGUAUGUUUAUGUCUGUGUGGAGCUUGCUAGUGUGUGAGGGAUGGGAGGCAUGUGUGUGGAUUGACACAUUUUCAGUGUUAAAAUAACCGAUGAGGAAUGUAAUCCCGGAGAGGGAGUUUGUUGGUUGGCUGGAGAUACUCUAAAACUCACAUUUUGUUUACGUGUGGGUUUAUUUACUUAUUGAAACAGUGGAAUUGUGCGUUUGAAGUCAAAUUUCACUUGCACAUGAUGACAGUUGAUAUAACCUGCAAUAAUUGAAAAGUAUGUUUUGCUUUGUAAAUGUUUUGAAGUUCCACACUGCAUUGCAACAUGUUUUGUUGUUACGAAAUUGAUUUUACACAAAUGUUAUCUAAAAUAGUAAUCCUGUUAUGAAACAGGAUUCUAUGUUAAAGAAUCUAUUAAUGUCUUCUGAAAAGCAAGAGCCUGCUCUCUAUUUAAACAUAAAAUAAAAAAAGAUGAUUACAAAA